AUGCGCUUGCGGAAUUUCCUCGCAGCCUUGGGCACCAUCCCCUCCCUCGUCCACGCCGAUUACGUCGACUGGCGCUCCUUCAAAGCCAAUGGUGUCAACCUUGGAGGCUGGCUAGUCCAAGAGUCCAGCAUUGACAGCGCUUUCUGGGCUCGUUAUGGCGGUAACGCGUCGGAUGAAUGGACACUCUGCCAAAACCUUGGUCCCCGGUGUGGUCCGGUUCUCGAGCAUCGCUAUGCCACCUUCAUCACCACCAGGGAUAUCGACCGCCUGGCGAAGGGUGGGGUCGCUGUCUUGCGUAUUCCGACACACUAUGCGGCGUGGAUCGACUUUCCUGGCUCGCAGCUGUACUCGGGUAACCAGACAGCUUACUUGAAGAGUAUUGCGGAUCAUGCCAUCACGAACUACGGGAUGCAUAUCGUUAUCGAUGUUCAUUCCCUCCCGGGAGGACUCAAUGGUCUGCCUAUCGGAGAAGCCAUGGGUCAUUGGGACUGGUUCAAUAACCAAACCGCUUUGGAUCAGUCCCUUCAGAUCAUCGACAAUGUCAUUGACUUCAUCCAGAACUCUGGUUCCCCGGAAUCCUAUACUAUCGCACCCCUGAACGAACCAGCCGACCUCAACAAGGAGUCCAUGUCUAACUUCGGCACCCCGGCUGUCCUGUCCGACGAUGGCGCCGCAUGGGUGUCUAAGUAUAUCAACGCCGUUCUCGACCGGGUUUCCAAAGUCAAUUCCAAGAUCCCUGUCAUGUUCCAAGGCAGUUUUAAAAGCCCCGAUUACUGGUACGACCAGAUACCUGACGAUGCCAACCUCAUAUUUGACGUUCAUGUCUACCACUACGAGCAUCCUCCAAACACUACGUCCGCCAAUCUUCCAGCCCAACUCUGCGCCGACGCAAAACAGAAAACCGGCAGUGGAAAGUUCCCCGUCUUCAUAGGCGAGUGGUCUAUCCAGGCUGCACAGCGAAACUCCUUUGCUCUUCGCGAACGAAAUCUCAAUACUGGCAUUGCGAUAUUUGGCCAGUAUACUCAGGGUAGCUCUUACUGGACAGCCAAGUUCACGGGCAAUGACACCGUCAAUGGUCAGGGAACGCAGCAAGAUUACUGGAACUUUGGGACAUUUAUCGACAACAAUUGGGUUCAUCCUGGAAGCGAAAGCGUUUCAUGCUAG